AGGCCCGACGAAGCCACGAUCUAUAAAAGUCUGGUGAAUGUACAUACAGUCGACAAUCGGCAAGGAGAUGGCCUCCGUAAAGAUCCAAGUUCUGCCUCAGCCGGAGGCGGAAGAAGAGUUCCGAUCGCCGCCGACGAAGACUGGAGGAGGCGGAGAAGGGCUUAGGCAGUACUAUCUGCAACACAUACACGAUCUGCAGCUUCAGGUUCGGCAGAAGUCCCACAAUCUCAACCGUCUCGAGGCGCAGCGCAACGACCUCAACGCCAAAGUCAGAGCAUUGAGAGAAGAGUUGCAAUUGCUGCAAGAGCCAGGAUCAUACGUCGGCGAAGUUGUCAAAGUUAUGGGAAAGUCCAAGGUUUUAGUCAAGGUUCAUCCAGAAGGAAAAUAUGUUGUUGAUGUGGAUAAGAAUAUUGACAUAACAAAGAUCACGCCGUCAACCAGAGUGGCUCUUCGCAAUGAUAGCUAUGUGCUUCACUUGAUUUUACCUAGCAAAGUGGAUCCUUUGGUUAAUCUUAUGAAAGUUGAGAAGGUUCCUGAUUCUACUUAUGAUAUGAUUGGUGGCCUUGAUCAGCAAAUCAAAGAGAUAAAAGAGGUUAUAGAGCUCCCCAUCAAACAUCCGGAGUUGUUUGAAAGUCUUGGAAUAGCGCAACCAAAGGGAGUUUUAUUGUAUGGACCACCUGGUACUGGAAAGACUUUACUGGCAAGAGCUGUCGCCCAUCAUACUGAUUGUACCUUCAUUCGGGUUUCUGGCUCUGAAUUGGUUCAGAAGUACAUUGGAGAAGGCUCUAGAAUGGUUCGCGAACUCUUUGUUAUGGCAAGGGAACAUGCUCCUUCCAUCAUCUUCAUGGAUGAAAUUGACAGUAUUGGUUCCGCUAGAAUGGAAUCUGGAUCUGGCAAUGGUGACAGUGAGGUGCAGAGGACUAUGCUCGAACUUCUCAAUCAGUUGGAUGGAUUUGAAGCUUCAAAUAAGAUAAAAGUUCUUAUGGCCACUAAUAGGAUUGAUAUUCUGGAUCAAGCUCUGCUCAGGCCUGGUCGUAUCGAUAGAAAAAUCGAGUUUCCUAACCCCAACGAAGAGUCCCGCUGGGAUAUUCUGAAAAUUCAUUCAAGGAAGAUGAACUUGAUGCGCGGAAUUGAUCUAAAGAAAAUUGCUGAGAAAAUGAACGGUGCUUCUGGUGCAGAGCUCAAGGCUGUCUGUACAGAAGCAGGUAUGUUUGCACUUAGAGAGAGGAGAGUGCACGUUACACAGGAGGAUUUUGAGAUGGCAGUGGCCAAAGUGAUGAAGAAGGAGACUGAAAAGAACAUGUCCCUCAGAAAAUUGUGGAAGUAAUCUUUUCCUUAAAGUCUAUUGUGUGGAUGCUCCGUUUUUUUAUUUGCUUAUGAGGGGAAAAGGUAACUGCUGAUUUUGCUGGGAUUAAUGGGAAAUAUUUAUUAUUAGUAGUAUUUUUUUGAUAAUUUGGCUGAAUACAUUAGAUUAGUCUUUUUUUAGCAUUUGCUUUUAAUUUUUCAUACAGCUAUUUGGGCUUGCGGUUAGCUUUUAUAUUCCGCAAGCCCGCAUGUAUAUGAGCAUUGUACGCUGAGAAAAUAAGGAGUUUGGAAGAAAUUUAAGGGUGUC